AUGGCAACUCGCAGCCCCAUUAGCGUCACUGCCACACUUUACAGCCUGCCUAACAAGGCAACAACAGUUUCGAACCAGCAAGUUCAGGAUGAGCUCUUUACACUCGUGUCGGCGAAAGUUUAUGGAGCACCGAACGAGCUUCUUCGACAGUUUUGGGGCGUACUCCUCGAUGGUCGGAAUCACGCCUUCUUGGAAGUAACCAGUCGCAUACUUGGAAAACCAGACCAUCCUAACAACACCAACAUCUCUGCUUUUGGUGCAUUUCGACGCUUAGUUCAGCACAUGUGCGACCGUGGAGUCGUAACGUGGACGCAUGCACAUUUUGAGAAGAAGCUCGUACAGGUAGUAAACAAGGAUGGGAAAACUGUAUAUGAGGAGAUGGACGACGACGAGGAAGACGAUGCUCCAGACGACUGCGGGAACGAGUACGAGGAGACUGAAGAACACAAGCGGAACAAGAAAGAGAGCAGAAAUGUCAAGAUAGAGCGUUGGACCGACGGUGUCUUGCGUCUGACAGACAAGCCAUUUCCCCGGGGAAGGCCCCGAUAUAAGGAAUGA